CAUUUUAAUUUAUCCGUUCGUUUAACAUGUCUAUCAAUCUUGCGAAUAUAUACGCCGAGUUGCUGCGAAAAUAUGGAGACAACUAUACGAUUACAUACAACUCACCGCCCAGUUAUCUGGGCCGAUUUGUUGGCGCGCGCGAAGCGUCCAAAAAAAUUGUCUUCUUCUAUCGGGAAGAUCGAAAAGGCGCAACCACGCCCACCAAACUGCUGCUCAAAACCGAUCGAAUAACGCCAUCCGAUAUGGUUCUGGAUUUGACUGGCAGUCCCCUGAAAGAUGACUGUGUGGUGGACACAAUUGGCGAUCUUUCCGCGCUGGAUUUGCAGAUCGUCGACCGAAAUCCCUGGAAACAGGACGAAAUCUAUCAUCGUGGUGAGCCUGUGGAAAAGGCGCGCGCAAUUAUUUGCUCGGAGAAGUUUCAGCAGGGCGAUGGAAUCGGCUCCGUUUGGUUCUUGUGCGAUGGCAGCGAUUUUGGGCACACGCUGCUCCUGCAAUAUGAAUUCAGUAAGACGCACUUUGCACGCGGCAUUGUCUCCUAUGAGGGUGUUAUGCCUUCCUACAUGGUCACCUCGCAGUCGCUGGUGCGCCAGCAUGGCAUGGCUGCGGGCGGACAGCUGGAGACAUACAUUGAGAACUGCUAUCAGCUCAAUCCGCAGAUGGUACUCCGCUGCAGCUGGUCGACGCCGGCAACGUUGCCGCUCCUGGUGGAUCUGAGUCGUUGCCAUGUGCUGUUGAAUCAAAAGUUUCGCGUUGGCGAUUGCGCUGCUCUUACGGAGGACUUUAUGAAUCAAUUGCGCAUUUUGGUCUACAUACGCGAGGAUAUUGUUAGCCAUCGCAGAGACGAAAAGUUGGGCAUCGCACGGGAUCCCAUCUAUCGUUGUGGCACCGGUGUUGAUAUGGACGAGUUACGCGAAUCGAUUAACAAAACAAUGACGGAGGUCUCUGGAUUUACGGACGUCUUUGCGGAUGGCCACAGCGAAUACGACAUCGAGGAGGUUGUGCAGCGGGCCAAGCAGCGCAAACUCACCGAUCUCACCGACAAACUAUGGGAGUUGCUCAAGUGUUGCUCCUCAUACAAGGAUCUGAAAAUAGCCUUCAACAUGCUAUUCCAAUGCGCUGUGCGCUGCAAUAUUGUGAACACGCCCACCAACAAAAAUCGCUUGGCUGAAAUCAUUUCAAAUUUGGCCAAUAGCCGCCUGGCCAUGCCUUGUCUAAGUGGCGCUGAGCCAUUGGAGUUGCUGCUGGAAAUUGGACUGGAAAAGGCUUAUAAGGACUACGAGUUCAUCUUUACGGAGAGCAAAGUGUGCAGCACCAGUUUGCUAAAGAGCAGCGCCGAAUCGACCUGUGCCGAUGCAAAUGAUGCUGUCUCGUCAAAUGAUCUUUCGAAGCUGCGCAAAUCGCUGCACAAUGCGGUGCGCGGUGAUGCGGCACCCAUUGGCAUACGUAAAACUCUGCUGCACCACGCGGCUGGCAGCAACAAGCAAACCGGUCAAGAAUAUCAAAAUGGCGCUGAAUCCGGCUUUAAGAACAGUAAUUUUGAUGAGCAGGAGAGCGUGCAUCGUGUCUCCAAACUCUUUCAAAUCCACUGCACGCUGGAGCAUCUCUUGAUGAUACACAUCAAUUUGAAUUUACCCAACGUCUACGCUGAUGUCUGCACACAGCUGUUGAAUAAGCAGCCAACUUUGGUGGAGAGCAUUGAUGAUGCGCUUAGCGAUGUAGUGGACAUACAAUUGUCGGCUCAUUAUGUGAGCGAGAAUCUGGAUGGCAAGGAUCCGCACUCUCGCCAAAUAACGAUGAAGUCGCAGAAUACGUUUAGGGAGCACACAACCACAUUCUACUUUAAUCUGGAGAACAUAUGUCCGCCCGAAUUGGCCCAGUGCUUUCAGUGCGAUGAUAAGGAGCUGGUCAAGGAGCGCACCUAUCAUAGCUGGAUCUAUCGCAAGAUUCGCACGCUGAAGUGAAGCUGCUGUUGCAAUUGUUUUUUAUUUUGAUUUGAAUUUAAAAUAUAUAUUU